AUGGAAGGGACGGUGAGCGACAUGCAGCAGGAGCUUCGAACGCGGGACAAGAUCGUGGAGGAGGUAUCUCUAGAGACCGACCUGCUGGCGUCGCUGCUAGCGGCGCGCGACGCCGAGCUGCACGAGACGCAGCGCAAGCUGGAGAGCGCGAUGGGCAGCGAGGACGCGGGCGGCGGGGACGCGGACGAGUCGGAGCUGUCGCUGGAGGAGAUCAAGAGCACGGUGAGCGCCGAGCAGCUGACGCUGCGGGCGGAGAUCGCGCAGGCCGAGCUCGCCAAGAGCGACCUCGGGGCCGACGACCUCGACCCGCUCGACCGGGUCGAGCGCGAGAUGGGCGCCAAGCGCGAGCUCCUGCAGGCGCGGCUCACCAGGGCGCAGGCGUCGGCCAAGAGGGCGGAGUACGAGAAGAGGCGUAAGCAGGGCGCCGUCGACGACGUCCUGCGCAGCGGAGACAGGGAGCAGGCCGCCGAUACCCUCGGCGUCGCGCGCCAGAAGCAGGUUAUCGCAGACGCAGAGGCUAAGCCCCGCGCAAGGCGGCGCGGCCGCCCCCGGAAGAAGGCGGCCGGUGGUGAUGACGGGGCCGACGGCGGGAAGGGCGGACCGGCGGCGAAGAAGUGA